AUGGGUGAUCCAACUGAUUUCCCUCCCUUUUACCGCAUGGUCCCCAAUGAAGGCCUUCAAUAUGUGGGAAUCAUCCAGCUGCUUCUUCAUUUCAGGUGGAAAUGGGUUGGGCUCAUCACUACAGACAACCAAGCUGGAGACCAUUUCUUACAGACACUGGAGCCAGUGCUUUCCAAGAAUGGAAUCUGUUCAGCCUUUACAGAAAGGAUAAAAAGAAAAUUCGAUUUCGAUAGACUAAAUGAACUUUCCCAAUACUUGAAUGGUAAUCCGACAGGUUUUUUGAACAGCAGAGCCAAUGCAAUCAUUGUAUACGGUGAAACGGCAACCUUUAUGUCACUGGCAAUUAUCAUAUGGAUGUCCAAAAUGGUAAUGGAUUAUCAAAGCGGCAUGAUAGCCAACACAGCCUAUGCAGCAAAGGUGUGGAUUAUGACAGCCCAGAUUGAUUUUGCAUUACAUGCUGCGCAAGCAAGUUUUGGUAUACAAAUAUUCCAUGGGGCUCUUUCCUUUGCCAUUCACUCCAAGGACGUCUUAGGCUUCCAUCAACUCCCGGAUUCCAAUACUCCAGCUGAGGUCAGCGAAACAUGCACCGGAGAGGAGAAACUUGACAAAGUUGAGACACCAUUUUUUGAAAGGAGCAUGACUGGACACAGCUACAGUAUCUAUAAUGCUGUCUAUGCUCUGGCACAUGCCUUGCAUAUGAAGUACACAUCUAGAGCCAAGCACAGGGAAAUGGAUUCCUGGGACAGCCUGACUCCUCUAAAUGCACAGCCUUGGAAGUUCCACACAUUGCUUCGAAGGGUCUCAUUCAACAACAGUGCUGGAGAUGAAAUUACAUUUAAUGAUCAUGGAGAACUAGAAGGUGGAUUUGAUAUUACCAACUUGAUUACUUUCUCAAAUAACUCCUAUGUCAGAGUCAAGGUUGGGAGGCUGAAUCCUCGGGUUCCUGCCAGUCAAACAUUAAUCCUAGAAGAGGACAGAAUUAACUGGCACACAGGCCUCUCUCAGAUGCCUCCUUUUUCUGUGUGUAAUGACAACUGCAAGCCUGGGUACAGCAAAGAAAGGAAGGAAGGAGAGAAAUUUUGCUGCUACAAUUGUGUUUGCUGUCCAGAGGGAAAGAUGACAAACCAGGAGGACAUGGAUUACUGCAUCAUGUGCCCAGAAAGCCACUAUCCAAAUGAGGGUCGAAAUUACUGCAUUCCAAAGAUUCCAAACUUCCUGUCCUUCUCAGAACCACUGAGCAUAAUCUUAGUUAUUCUGGCUCUUUUCUUUUCUCUGACUACAGCUCUGAUGCUUGGCAUCUUGAUUCAGUAUCGGGAGACUCCCAUAGUCAGAGCCAACAACCGGAGCCUCGCCUACCUUCUCCUCAUCUCUCUCCUUCUUUGCUUCCUCUGUUCUUUGCUUUUCAUCGGACAGCCAAACAAGGUUACCUGCCUCCUCCGGCAAGCAACUUUUGGCAUCAUCUUCUCAGUGGCUGUUUCUUCUGUCUUGGCAAAAACCAUUACUGUGGUGGUGGCUUUCAUAGCCUUCAAGCCAGGAAAUAUUUUCCAAAAAUGGCUAGGGAAAGGAUUGGCUCAUUCCAUUGUCAUUUCCUGCUCUGUUCUUCAAGUUGGUAUUUGUGCUAUUUGGUUGGGCCUUUCUCCUCCAUUCCCAGAUCUGGACAUGCAUUCACUGGCUACUGAAAUCAUAGUGCAAUGUAACGAAGGAUCGGUCACCAUGUUUUACUGUGUUUUGGGCUACAUGGGUUUACUGGCCUCAGUCAGUUUCAUUGUGGCUUUCCUAGCUAGAAAGUUACCUGAUAGUUUUAAUGAAGCCAAGUCCAUCACCUUCAGCAUGUUGGUCUUUUGCAGUGUUUGGCUGUCCUUUGUCCCCACAUACCUGAGCACCAGAGGAAAAAACAUGGUGGCUGUGGAGAUCUUCUCCAUCUUGACCUCCAGUGCAGGGCUCCUGGGCUGCAUCUUUUUGCCCAAAUGCUUUGUCAUUAUACUGAGACCAGAGAUGAACAGUAGAAAUCAGCUGAUCAGGAAAAAUCACUCAAGUAUGCAAUAA